AUGUUCAAAUUAAUUAUAAUUCUGGUUUACUUCUACCCUGUCUAUUCUCGGGUACCAACAAAACUUGAGGAAGUAAUGAUCGUAGGGUCGCAUAAUUCGAUUCGUCGUACCGUAGAUCCUGCAGCGUCAAAUAUGCUGGCGAUGGAAUACAGUCCUGAUCUGGGAUCAUUGGCUGAUUCAUGGGCUCAAAAUUGCAAAGAUGAUGACCAUACGACGGACCAGAAUACCAGUCGAAAUAUCUAUCUAAGUUCCGGUCUACCUACAGAGUAUUUUCCGUAUGCUAUCGGCCAGUGGUUCUUGGAAAAGAAGUUUUACGAUUUCGAAGAUAACUCCUGUGACCACGGUGAAGUUUGCGAACACUACAUGAGAGUUACGUCAGAUAUGAUUGCAAUGAAAUACGAUUCUAGGAUGGAAUAUUUGGCCAACACUUGGGUUAAAAAAUGUCAAUUCGUGCAUCCCACGAUCGACGAUGAAUUAUACCAGAACACUAGUCAAAAUCUUGCUAUAAGCUACGGUAACCCAAUUAUUGAUUUCCCGCAGUAUAUCGACCGUUGUCAUGAGGAGAGGAAGUAUUACGACUACAACAAGAACUCAUGCGCCUCCGGCAAAACAGUGCCGCAAUAUGAAGACUUGGGAGGCGACGCAAAGAUCCAAGUUUUCUCCUUUCUUCUCGAUAGUGAAAGACAUCUCAAAAUUUUGACUGAAGUCAACCUGACUGUUGAAGGCAGUCGUGAUCGUCUAAGAGUGUUGGAAGAAAAAGACACCUUCGCUCCAUGGAAUAGACGCAGAUUUGGAAUGUGUGCAUUUUGCUAUCUCAGCACAUUUGAAUCAAGGACUCAAGUUCUCAUUUGA